GUUUGAGUGUACUGGGACGGGACUGACAACCAUUCACACCUGUGAGCCAGCACCUGUGUAGGACAGGAUCACAUGAGCCUUUUAAGGUCACAAACUUUUAAGGGCAGCGGGGCCCCGACACGACAACAUGUUGGAUGGAUGAUGCUGUUGUGCGUCCGUCCCUGAGAGCAGCACCCUGCCUCCUGCCUCCAGCACCCAUCCUCCAGCACCCAGCCUCCCUCCGCUCAGCGCGCACCCCGGAGCUGAGGAUGAAGGCGCAGAACAUCAGGACGCUGUGUCUCAUCCUCUCCAUCGUCCUCUACCUGCUCGUUGGAGCCGCCGUGUUUGACGCGCUGGAGUCGGACAGCGAGAGUUCAAAGAAGAAGUCGCUGGAGCAGAAGCUGAACGAGCUGAAGAAGAAGUACGGCUUCACCGAGGAUGACUACGGGGAGAUCGAGAGAGUGGUCGUCCAGGCGGAGCCGCACCGCGCCGGCAGGCAGUGGAAGUUCACCGGCUCCUUUUACUUUGCCAUCACGGUGAUCACCACGAUCGGUUAUGGCCACGCUACGCCGCGCACUGAUGCUGGCAAGACCUUCUGUAUGUUUUACGCUGUCUUGGGCAUCCCUCUGACACUGGUCAUGUUCCAGAGCCUGGGCGAGAGGAUCAACACUUUAGUCCGCUACCUCCUGCGCAGAGCCAAGCAAGGCCUGGGCCUACAGAAGACGGAGGUAUCCAUGGGGAACAUGGUCCUGGUGGGUCUGCUGUCAUGCAUGAGCACGCUGUGUGUCGGAGCCGCAGCCUUCUCCCACUUCGAGGGCUGGACUUUCUUCAAUGCCUACUACUACUGCUUCAUCACGCUCACCACCAUCGGCUUUGGCGAUUUUGUGGCGCUGCAGAAGACAGAUGCUCUCCAGAAGCGACCCCCUUACGUCGCGUUCAGCUUCAUGUACAUUUUGGUCGGGCUGACAGUAAUUGGGGCUUUUCUUAACCUGGUGGUCCUGAGGUUUCUCACUGUCAGCACAGAGGAGCCUGACGGGAGGCCCGAGGCGGGGGCAAAGGAGCGGGAGAGGCAGCCUAAGGACGUGCAGGGGGAUAGGGAGGUGUCAGAGGCUGCGGCAGAAACUGCUGACGCUGCAUACGAAGAAGACGCACGCAGCAGCUUGUGCAACCUGAGCCUUCCCAUGGAGGGGGGCACCAGCUGUACGAAUCUCCUCCCCUCCCCUGUAGAGGAGCGCAGACAUGUUUUAUCUGAGCACUCAAAGCUGUCUGAGCCCAGCAAACUCAGGGCCUUAUUCUGCUGCAUGUGCCGAGGCCUGGACAUUUACGACAGCCCACCUCCGCCUCAUCAUGACGAGGCGGGCGGCCACAGCAACCUUGUCUUUUAUAACUCCAUCUCUUACAGGGUGGACCGGGCUUCAUGCAGCUCCUGCACCGGGUCAACACAGGCCUCCCCCAGCAGCAGAGUGCGCCCCCCGGGCAAGAACAACCCCCACACGAGGAGGAAGUCGUUAUAGUGCCCGAACUUUUAACUUGUGUCUAAGGGGCAUUUGUUUUGG